UGAGCGCGGCGGCGGCGAUGCUCGCUACGCCCAGCAGGAGCGGCAGUGGCGGCGGCAGUGGCGGCCCGCCCGCCGGCUGCCGCCGGGGCGCCAUGCCCUUCCAGUCGGUGCCGCUCAGCAGCGUCCCCGCGGGCACGCUGACGCCGCUCAAGGACCUCCUGAGGGGCCGCGGCGCCGCGGCGGCCGCCGAGCCCCGGAGCCGCGCCGGGCGGCGGCCGGCGGCGGCCGGCGGCGUGUUCCAGUCCACGCUGCUGCCGGGCGGCGGCGGCGCGGACCUGCUGGAGCUCAGCGAGAUCUGGGGCGGCGCCGGGCCCGAGGAGCCGCCGCCGCCGCCGCGGGGCCCCGCGCCGCGGAAGCGCCGGGCGGGCGAGCCGCCGGCCCACGAGUCCCCCGCCAAGGUCUUCCAGCGCAUGAAGGCGCGGGCCGCCGACCUCAUCGUGACGCCCGGGCAGGCUCCCGGCGAGCGGCCUGCGGCGCGCGCCCGGCCGGAGGGAGGUUUGUUCGCUGCGGCCCCGGGACGGCGCCAAUUACCUUCCACUCAGAUUCCUCAAAACAAAACUGUGAAAUUGUUAGCAGUAGACCCUCUUGUCGUGGAAUCUCCUCAGAAGUUCUUCUUGCGUGUGAAACAGAAAUUGCAGCAGCAGAAAGAUCCAACAUUUUCAAACUUGUUCAAGGAAAAUGUUCCUCCUUCCACAGCUGCAGAAAAGCUAUUAGUCAAAUCUACUUUCAUUGAGCAGCUCAGCAAUGUUAAUACAGACUAUGUGGCCACUGAUAAGGACAAUCAGGAUAAUUUGCUCAUGGAAUCAAUUGGUGCUGAUGAUGAAUUGUCUCAAAAUACAGUGACUAAUGCUAUGAAUGUGAAUUCCCCCCCUUCUGAAAGUGGAGAUGUGUUAGAAGAAAGAUGUAGACCUGGAGAAACAGAAUGUACUGACUUUCCUCAAGAAAGAAGACAAUUGCAGCCAAGUAAUCAACAGAGCAGAAAAGGAGCAGAAAAGAUACUGCAGACUAAUUCUCAUAAACCCUCACAGUGCUUAUGUAGUAUUAUGCUCUCUUCUCCUAAAGUGCACAUACCAAGGAAGGAAAAAACAAAAGAAGGCUUUAAGGUCUCUUUGGAUAAAUCUCAUAGAGAUACAAUGACUGGCAGGGGAAACAAAGAGAGAAAAAUCUGCCUAACCAGUUGGAGAAUUAGAGUGAUCAUUGGUAACACAGCAGUAUGCGUUGAAGGAAAACGAAAAGAUAUGAAAGAUCUGUCUUGGCAUAGUAAUGCAAUUGUAGAACGUAUAGCACACGACCAAGUUAAAACAUCAUCUGGCAAUAUCUACGUACUACAGGGAAAGAUAGAUUCUGCCUCAAUGAGAAAAGAAGGAUUUCCAUAUCGCUUCAUCAAAAGAUUUACGUAUGGUUUUUCCAAAAAGUGGAAGGAAUAUGUUGAGGAUUUACUUGAGGAAAUACGACGGAAAGAACGUAAACAAAAAAAUGAUGAGGAUGAAAAUGAGGAGGCUGAAGAUGACUUUGUGGAUAUAGAUGCAUUGAAAAACGCAGAAGACUCAGCAGGAGCCCAAAAGAAAUAUGAAACGAGAAACAAAACGUAUGAAGUAUUACCAAGGAAUGAUAAAACCAGUUAUACUACACCAAAGAAUAGUUCUGUAUCAAAUGACCAAAACAGAAUUUACACUCGUAGUGGUCGUCUUGUUAAACCACCAUUAAAUUUCUGGUGUGGACAACGUGAAUUUGUUGAUCAGAAGCUAAAUGUUACUAUAGAAGAAGGUGGAAUAGAUUAUUUGAGCAUGAUGUGUAGUGAACAAUCCGAAAGAAAAACCAGUUCCCUCCCUCAGAAGAGCAACAGAAAGGAAUCAAUGAAGACAGGGAAAGAAAAAACAAAAAGCCAAAAUAAAGGUGAAAACAAUGAAAGAAGAGUAAGCUCCAAAAAAGAAACAAAGUCCGCUGGAAACAAAGCAGCUAGACACUGUAUUUCAGAUGAUGAUGAUGAAAGUGAUAGUACAACUACUAUCGAUAAAGUUAAAAGACAAGUUUCUAUUAAGAUGAUUCCCUUAAAUACUGAAAGACUAAGCAACCAAAAAUAUAACAGCAGAAUCUCAGGAAUGAGAAAGGAAAAGGAAGGCAAAAAAUGUGAAGAAUUGGCUAUAUAUAAGCAGUCUUGCAAGUACUCUUUAAGGUCAGCUAAACAACUUCUUCAAGACAAGCUUUCAACAGAAGAAUUGUCAAGCAAGGAUGAGGAAGAGGAAUCCAGUGAAGAUAUUCCACUGUCUGUCAAAAGGAUAACUAAACCCUUAUCGCAAAGACAGACUCAAAAUACCAAAUCUUCCUCUGACGCAGGAAGAUCACAGGGGGAUGCAAACAAGGCAUUAAGUGAAGAAAGGAGAGUAAAACACUCCUCUGCCUCCCAUAAUGUGCAGUUACGGCUAAGUAUGCCUGAAAGUAAUGACGGAUCUUCUGAUUUGCUUAUGGAGAAAACACCUUCUACUGGGUCUAGCAGUUCUUCUCUCCCUGGUAGGGCAAUGAGGACAAGAAACAAAAUCAACCCUCCCAAGUAUGUGUUUGAAUCUGAAAGUGAGCUUGGAACAAGUGAAGAGAGAUUUCAAGGAAAAGAAGAGAAAUCAAAAGAAGAGAAAUCAAAAGUAUCUGGCAAACAAAAAAAUUGUACGGUUGCUAAUAGUGGCAAAUCUUCAGCAGGAAAACCAAGAAAACCUGAGAGAGAAAAGGUCCAGAAAUCUCUAGAUUUUUUUCCAAGGACCACUGAUGAUUGGACUGAAAAGGAAUUACAGAAGCUAUACAGGGCUGUCGCUGCUUUUCCCAAACACAAGAAUGGUUUCUGGGUGGAGGUGGCAAUGGCCGUGGGGUCACGCUCUGCUGAAGAAUGCCACCAGAAAUACGUGGAGGAACAACAAGCAAAAGGUUCCAAAACGCAUGCCACAAAGAAGACGGCUUCAGGAAAGCCAGAAGAGAAAGGUACAUACCUCUCAGUUCCAGAUAAGAAAGAACCAAUUAUGGUAACUGCUAAAGUGGGAACCUUCAAAAGAAAGCAGCAGAUGAGAGAUUUCCUGGACCAUAUGCCAAAGGACAACCAUGAUGAUAUUUUCACUGCAACACCCUUUCAAAAUACAAGAGUAAAGUUGCCAAUGUUCCGGGGAAGCCAAGAUGAUGAUGAUGACUUUGCACUUACGGACAACAACCCAGUCACGCCUUCCUCAGCUGUCUUCCCUCUGGCGAAAACCCCUCAGUGUGAUCACAUCAGCCCUGGUAUGCUGGGACCUAUCAACAGGAAUGAUUACGAUAGGCACGUGUUCAGAAUGCAGAAGAACACACAGGGCAACAAAGGUACCUGGGACAACAUCAGGAAGAAAUCGGCUGGAGCUGUAUUUGCUACACCAGCUUCACACAGAACCACCAAGUUUACUUUUGAUAAAAAUGUGCAGCAGGCCUCUGUUAUAGGGGAGCUCUUUGUACCCAAGGCAGCAGAUUCCUCAGAAGAGGAGGAGGAAGAUUCCUAUUUUUCUGCUUAACCAAAUUGCUGGAUUUUAGUAUUGCAACAGCUAGACAACCUCUCUCACAAAACAAAGUUAAAAUGAAGGCUUUUAGCCACCCCACUGACCUGAUGAUACUCUUAUGGUCUUACGUUAGUUCAGUUUGGAAAUCUUGGUCAGCGGAGUUUUUAUGGUGUUAAAAUACCUUCUAGUCUUACUGCCCUGUCAGUGACAAUGUUUGUAAUUUUUGAUGUGUACUAAAUGGAAUUUUCUUUCCUAGACUCCUUUCCUAUGCUCAGUAUUUCCUGGGGGAAGGGGCAAGGGAAAAAUGUAUCUAUAUAUCAAUUACUGCCAAAGGUUUUGGUUGUUUCAUUUUAAGGUAAAACAACUUUUAGAAAUAUUGCUGUACAAUAAAUGUAUAAUAGUACAGUUUGUAACUAAUUAGACUUGCUUUUUAUUUUCCUCUAUUGAGAACUAAUUUGAAUCUUUUACAUUUCGUUAAUGUAAUAAAAAGGUACUAUGUAUCUGA